CAAAAUUUUAAUAAACCAAGAUGUCAGCGCCCAGAGAGGUACUCUUCACGAGUGACGCUUCAGGUCAACUAUGGAAUUCCUGUGUUUGGGAUUUCCAUACUGGCACCAGUUUAAUGCAGUAUAGAGGUGGGAGUUCUGGUAGUCAUAGUUUAUGUCUUUUAGGAGAUGAUUAUUUAGUCGGUGGAGGGGGACAGAAAUCUCUUGUCAAUGUUUGGGAAUUACAGAGAAAGGAUCAGAAUCAGUUAAAGAUAAUAUUACCAGGAAAAGUGAACUGUAUCUCUGCCUCACCAGAUGGCAAUUAUUGUAUUUUUGGAAUUGCUGAAAAAAUUUAUAUUUGGCAGACAUGUUCAGGGAAUUUAUUAAAAGUUAUCAGUCGUCAUUAUCUUGAUGUAAAGUGUAUUAAAUUCACUGAUGAUGGUAGCCAUUUUAUAUCUGGUGGUGAAGAUAAUUUAGUUAUUGUAUGGUGUCUAGCAAGGACAAUUUCAUCAACAGAUUUUCCUUUGUCUAAACCAGAACCUAAAUAUGUUUGGUCUGGACAUUCAUUACCUAUUAGAGAUGUGCAUGUUGGAGCAGGUGGUGUUAGAGCUAGAGUUAUCUCCUCUUCAUUAGAUCAAACUUGUAAAUUAUGGGAUAUGGCAACAGGUGAACUAUUAUGUUCUUUUAUCUUUGAUACCCCCAUUAUAUCAGUUUCUAUGGAUGCAGCAGAAAUGAGAAUAUUUGCAGGUUCAACCAAUGGAAACAUUUUCUGUGUUAAUUUAUAUGGAGAGCCUAUACGAACAGAAAGACAUAUAGGUAAUACAGCAGGAGAAGGAAUUAAUAUCUUUAAAGGUCACAGUUCUCAAGUAAAUUGUUUAUGUGUUUCUAUGGAUGGUACAGUAUUGGCAUCAGGGUCAGAUGAUAGUACAGUUAAACUAUGGGAUAUACACAGUGGUCAGUGUAUACGAACAUUAGAUCAUAAAGGUGCGGUUACAAAUGCUUUUAUAAGUCUAACACCGUAUAAUGUAUUAAAUCCUGAUAGUAAACCAUUUUUACACGUACAACAGUUUAAACGACAUUUACAUACAUCAUGUGUUGAGAUGAGGAUUAGAAAUAAUAAAAGAAAAAUUGACGAUGACAAUGAAAAGGCAUUAUUAGAAUUAGUGCAUUCUAAGUCUUCAGUGCCAUCAGAGAACGAGAAUGAUGUAAAUGCUGUUCAAGAAGUUGUUGAACUCAAGUCAAAAGUUUCCAAAUUAAAAUCUGUAAACAAAGAACUUUAUGAAUAUUCAGUGAAACAAAUUGUAAAUAAAAAAAAGAAAUGAUAAUAAAGA